AUGCAGGCGCGCUACUCCGUGUCCAGCCCCAACUCCCUGGGAGUGGUGCCCUACCUCGGCGGCGAGCAGAGCUACUACCGCGCGGCGGCGGCAGCGGCCGGGGGCGGCUACACAGCCAUGCCGGCCCCCAUGAGCGUGUACUCGCACCCGGCACACGCCGAGCAAUACCCGGGCGGCAUGGCGCGCGCCUACGGGCCCUACACGCCCCAGCCACAGCCCAAGGAUAUGGUGAAGCCGCCCUACAGCUACAUCGCGCUCAUCACCAUGGCCAUCCAAAAUGCCCCGGACAAGAAGAUCACCCUCAACGGCAUCUACCAGUUCAUCAUGGACCGUUUCCCCUUCUACCGGGACAAUAAGCAGGGCUGGCAGAACAGCAUCCGCCACAACCUCUCGCUCAACGAGUGCUUCGUGAAGGUGCCCCGCGACGACAAGAAGCCGGGCAAGGGCAGCUACUGGACGCUGGACCCGGACUCCUACAACAUGUUCGAGAACGGCAGCUUCCUGCGGCGGCGACGGCGCUUCAAGAAAAAGGACGCGGUGAAGGACAAGGAGGAGAAGGACCGGCUGCACCUCAAAGAGCCUCCGCCACCGCCGCCAGGCCGCCAGCCUCCGCCCGCGCCGCCGGAGCAGGCAGACGGCGCCGCGCCCGGACCGCAGCCGCCGCCGGUGCGCAUCCAGGACAUCAAGACUGAGAACGGUACGUGCCCCUCGCCGCCCCAGCCCCUGUCCCCGGCCGCCGCCCUGGGUAGCGGCAGCGCCGCCACGGUGCCCAAAAUUGAGAGCCCCGACAGCAGCAGCAGCAGUCUGUCGAGCGGGAGCAGCCCUCCGGGCAGCCUGCCUUCGGCGCGACCGCUGAGCCUGGACGGUGCGGAUYCCGCACCGCCUCCGCAGUCCGCGCAACCUGCGCCGCCGCCACACCACAGCCAGGGCUUCAGCGUGGACAACAUCAUGACUUCACUCCGGGGGUCGCCUCAGGGCACAGCCGCGGAGCUCAGCUCUGGCCUCCUGGCCUCGGCGGCCGCGUCCUCGCGCGCGGGCAUCGCACCCCAGCUGACGCUCGGAGCCUACUCGCCUGGCCAGAGCUCCCUCUACAGCUCCCCCUGCAGCCAGAGCUCCAGCGCCGGCAGCUCCGGUGGAGGCGGCGGCGGCGGCGGCGGGGGCGGCGCUGGGGGCGCUGGGGGCGCUGGGACCUACCACUGCAACCUGCAGGCCAUGAGCCUGUAUGCCGCCGGCGAACGCGGCGGCCACUUGCAGGGCGCACCCGGGGGCGCGGGCGGCUCAGCAGUGGAAGACUCCCUGCCUGACUACUCUUUGCCUCCAGUCACCAGCAGCAGCUCAUCGUCCCUGAGUCACGGCGGGGGCGGCCAGGAGACCGGCCACCACCCUGCAGCCCACCAAGGCCGGCUCACCUCAUGGUACCUGAACCAGGCGGGCGGUGACCUGGGCCAUUUGGCGAGCGCGGCGGCGGYGGCGGCGGCCGCGGGCUACCCCGGGCAGCAGCAGAACUUCCACUCGGUGCGGGAGAUGUUUGAGUCGCAGCGGAUCGGCUUGAACAACUCUCCGGUGAACGGGAAUAGUAGCUGUCAGAUGGCCUUCCCUGCCAGCCAGUCUCUGUAUCGCACGUCCGGGGCUUUUGUCUAUGACUGUAGCAAGUUUUGACCCCCUUCCUGGUCCUGGCACCGUCAAAGCCGAACUGAAUAGAAUCCCAAUGCAGGAACAGCCGAAAGAAUCCAUCAAUGCAAAAUCGAAACUAAAAAAUAUGCAAUUUAAAAAUACGAGAGAUAUUCAGCACACCAGCAAACAGAUUCCCUUCCCAAAUUCAACUCACCAGCACCAGCUCAAAGAAAACUAUUUUCUUAAAAGAUUAAUCCAGAGCCACGUCCACUUUGCCUUAUCUAAAUAAACAAAAACGUAAACUAUUUUGUACAGAGACAGCAAAAUCAUGGUUUAUUAAAGGACAGUGUUACUCCAGAUAACACGUAAGUUUCUUCUUGCUUUUCAGAGACUCGCUUUCCUGCUCCUCUCCUCUCCCUUUCCCUGCCUUCUUCCUUGCCUCUCACCUGUAAGAUAUUAUUUUAUCCUAUGUUGAAAGGAGGGAGAAAGUCCCGGUAUAUGAAAAUCGCUUUCUUUUUAUUCAUGGACUUGUUUUAAAAUGUAAAUUGCAACAUAGUAAUUUAUUUUUAAUUUGUAGUUGGAUGUCGUGGACCAAACGCCAGAAAGUGUUUCCAAAACCUGACGUUAAAUUGUCUGAAACUUUAAAUUGUGCUUUUUUUCCUCAUUAUAAAAAGGGAAACUGUAUUAAUCUUAUUCUAUCAUCUUUUCUUUCUUUUUUUGUUGAACAUAUGCAUUGUUUGUUUAUUAAUAAAUUGCCAUUCAGUUUGAAUGAGACCUAUGUCUGGAUACUUUAAUACAGCUUUAAUAUAAAGAAAGAUUUCAGAGAUAAAACACACUAGGAGUUACCUGCUCUCCGCCUAAAUCUCUGAAAAAGAGAAACUCUCUGACUAGUCCAUGUAAAAUUUCACUGAAAUUCUUUUUGUUUAGAUCUUUUUUUUUUUUUUCCUGCAGCAUCUUCUGCAAAAUGUACUGUACAGUCAACUUGCUUUGUGGCUAGUAAAAAAAAAGAUAAUUUCCUAAACAGAUUUGAGUUGGCAUAUAAACAAAUACUUUUUUCUCAGUAAUGACAGAACAUGAUUUGGAAAUCUUAAGCCCAUGAAUCAGCAGCAGUCUUACUACAGUGAUACCUGUGUGUAGAGAGAUGCAAAUGUGCCUGAAGAUAUACACAGAUGGAUAUUUGGCUCAUGUUUCCCAUAUAAAAUUGCAUUGCAUAUUAUACAUCCCUGUGAGCCAGAUGCUGAAUAGAUUUUUUUCCUAUUAAUUUCAGUCUUUUGUAAGAGGAAAAAUAAACCAGUUUUUAAGUAUAUGUAUAUAACUCAUCCACAUUUACAAUCCUUCGUGUGUUAUGUAGAAGGGUCGAUUUUUUUUAAGAUACAAAUAUACUGAGGGUUGGAAAGGGAUAUUUAAUCUUUGGGUAACUAUUUUAGAAGAUAUGUUUGUAGAACAAUUAUUUUUGAAAAAAGAUUUAAAAUAAUAACAAGAAGGAAGGCGUCAAGGGCAGAACAUUUAGUCUGGGGUGGUUUCUUUUCAAACCAAUUUUUUCUUGUUAAUUUACAGUUAAACCUAGGGGGCAAUUCGGAUUGCCCCCUCCCCCCCUUUUGUAAAUAACCCAGGAAAUGUAAUAAAUUCAUUAUCUUAGGGUGAUCUGCCCUGUCAAUCAGACUUUGGGGAGAUGGCGAUUUGAUUACAGACAUUCAGGGCCUUUCAGUUUGUUUUCGAGAUAAUGCAGUUUCCUAUCUGCCGCUCCUAUCUAGAGACAACACUUAAGCAGUAAUUGCAGUUGCUUGUUGUCAAAAUUUGAUCAUUGUUAAAGGAUUGCUGCAAAUAAAUACACUCUAAUU